GUAAUGGUGAGAACGUUUUUAAAAUGAUACCUACUCAGGUCUUAAUUCCUGGUCCCCUUAUAGUUUUAGAAAAUAAUGGUUGCUUUAGGUUCAUUUUUUUACAUCCAGUUCACUUUACUGUUAAAGUAGUCUUUGCUCUGCUGUUAAAACAAGAUACUUACUUGUUUCAGGUCUGAUCAUGAAUCUUUCUGAUACUGACGAUGAAGGGCUGAUCAUCCAAAAACACAGGUCUCGGGGAAAGACUUCAACCAAACAGAAGUCCAACAAUCGAGAUCAGCAUAGGAGCUCCAGUAUGGAGGUCAGUGCGGCCAAGGUCUCAUCGACAGGCGCCAGGAAGAAAAUUCCUAUCCACAUCAAUAAUCCACAGGCCGGACCAUCUUCAGCCAUCAGUAAUGGCUUGAUCAUGAAUCUCUCAGACAGUGAGGAUGAAGAGCCAAGGGUCAAAGAGCACAGGUCUCGGGGGAAGACCUCAACCAUCAACCAUCCAAGGUUCCAUUAUCGGAAGGAACAAAGGAGCUGUGGUAUGGAAGCUAGUGCGGCCGAGGUUUCAUGGGAGAAACGAUCAGGCGCUCGGAAGAAAAUUCCUCACCUUAAUCCAAAGGCCUCUUCAGCUAUCGCCAGUAAUGAUCUGGUUAUGACUCUUUCUGAUUCUGAAGAUGAAGGGCUAAAGGUGCAAGAACAUGCGUAUCAGGCACCAACUUCGACUCGACAGUCCAAGGGUACUUCUUCAAGCAACAUCCAAAAAUUACUUGCCAGUCAGCGUGGGCAGUGGGACUUUGAUCCAAAACCCAAGAGACCAAGAGGAAGGCCACCCGGCAGCAAAAACAAGAAGAAGGCAGAGGACAAGAGGGCUGGCAAAAGAAAGCGGGAGGAUGAGGCAGGCCCAUCUACUAAAGGAGACCUAGAGUGCUGCAUAUGCAGAGAAGGGAUGAAGGAAGCAGGGGGCAAAUUUUGUGUCACUGAAUGUGGCCACUUCUUCCACAUGGCGUGUUUGGAGAAAUGGCUCAUUGCGUCAAGUCAGAAAUACCGCACCAUAAAAACCUGCCCCUACUGUGGGGGAGAAUACCGUCUGAGCAUUCCAUGCUUCUGCUAAUUUUCCUGGCAGGGGUGUGG